UCUCAGCAAAAAUAUAGCAAACCGUGCAAAUCAAUCAAACAAGAAGUGAAAAAGUGCAGUACUCAAUUUGGCCACUUAUGACAUUGAGUUACCACAUUGCUGAGGUGAAUGAAGUGACCAAGAAAUGUAAGUAUAGCAAGCAACCUAAAAGUAUGUUAACUGAGAGCUGAACGUGACUUCACUUCAAAAGACUUGCACAGUGAAUGGAAUACACUGCAAGAUUACAUCAACUAUAACCCCUUUAAAGGGUUAUUUCUUUGGACAUGGUCAGCCCCAAAACGUUAUUCCUCCACUAAAACUGUGAACAAAGUUAUAUACUUUAUGAUCUGCAAAGCAUAUACACCUGCAUCUUACCUAAAGCCCCCUUCUUCCUCUUCUUGUAGUAGUAAAAUAGAAAUAGAACAACAGCAACUAAAAAUGUUUUGUGUAAAAGACGAAUUAUUUAUAAUGAUAAAAAGGGAAGUAACAAAAAAAAACAAAACACCAAGUUAAACAAAUUCUGUAUGAAACGAUACCAACAAAAAUAAGCAGUGUUCACACUGUAAAUUUAAUUCGGUAAGGUGUUCAGCCUUAGCCAUCAAAUUUAACUAUACAAAACAACUCUAAACUGGACAUCCUUUAGGACCAAGUGGAAGUGUAGCGGUCCUGAGAUACUGUGCAGAUCAAAAUCACUGUCAAGAGAACACUCAUUAUAUACCACCUUCACAUUAAAACGCUUGUACCCUCUUCUGUCUCUCAUAAAGGGAUACCUUAGAUAUUUUUUGAUCACACGAAUCCGGAACACGCGUCUCCCCCCCUUGUACAACACAUCCAUAAGCAGUAGUACUAGCCUGCAUUUAUUUUUCUUGUGGACGUGUGCAGAAAUCACAGCUGGAGGAAAUCUGACGGACCUGGGGACUUCUUUUUAUUUAUUUGUUUAUUUUUUUGCAACUCAUGAAAACGACCCGCGAGGUGUGCAUUAUUAGCUGUGGCUAUGCAGGGUCAGGUAACAGUAUUGUUAAAACAGAGCAGUGGUUCAAGCAUUAGGAACGAUUUUGUUGAUGUUCCCGUAAUACUCGAUUCAUACAGCUGUUUCACCUUGGAAGCAGGAAAAUACAAGCCACAAGGCAAAUGUGUUUAAGAAGAGUUCUAUGAAAAGUAACCGAGGAAAACGAACAUGGAGGAAUUUAUUGAACAGAACAAUGUUGCCAGUCACAAAAAUGACACUGAAGCUGGGAAAAAAAAUUGCCUCAUCAACACUCGAAAUGUGAUGGUGGAAACCAAAGAUGGCUUAGCCUCUGUGUACUCUGCGCCACAAUACCAGGGACAUGUGGUAGUAAACUUGUCACCACAAAACUGUGUGGAGAACAAUAAAAAUCAACCAUCGCAGCAACUACUUAACCCAAGUUCACUUCAGCAGACUAUGGAUUCCCAUUAUCGCCCCAAUAUCAUUCUGUAUUCUGAGAACAUGCUAAAAUCCUGGAGUGAGAGCAUGAGUACAGACUGCUGUGAAACAACCUUCAUUGAAGACAUGUCACCCACCAAAGAAGGCCUAGUUGCCAAAAUUCAAACGCUCUCGUAUGAUGUCAAAGAAGAGGACGAGUUUCAAGAACUGGAGAGUGAUUAUUCCAGUGACACAGAAAGUGAAGACAAUUUCCUCCUGGUGCCCCCCAGAGAUCACUUGGGUCUUAGUGUCUUCUCUAUGCUUUGCUGUUUCUGGCCACUCGGAAUUGCUGCCUUUUAUUUGUCACAUGAGACCAACAAGGCAUUGGCUAAAGGAGAUUUUCACCAGGCGAGUUCCAGCUCCAGACGGGCUCUUUUCCUGGCUGUGCUCUCCGUCACCAUCGGAACUGGGAUUUAUGUUGGUGUUGCCGUGGCGCUCAUAGCUUACCUUUCAAAAAACAACCACUUGUAAGCUUUCAUGUCAAAAGCUUUUCAACCACCAGAGCUAGGAACUGUAGAGACUGACCUUCUGAAUUAGUAUGUUGUUGUGGGAGUGGGGGGCUGUUGUUGUUGGAGUGGUAGUGAGGAAACCUUGGACAUGCACAAAACUCUUAUCCAAAAUUCUGGGAGAAAAGCGUUUCACUGCAACUGUUUUUCAUUGUGUAGGACUGGUGUGGACCAAGACAAUGUGUAGCCAAAUGCAACCUUGAGUUUGUUUUGUUUUGUUUUUCAUUUUAUCACUGAACCACACACACACUAGCUUUUUUUAGUGGCUGUUACCCCUACACUUGCAGUAUUAAUGGAACUCUUGUGCAAUUAAAGCUGCAGAGGCUUUUUUUAACAGCAGUGUUUCAGUGCUCCAACUUUUCUGUUUUCUCAUGCAGCAUCGCCGAUUAUUCCUUUGUACAACCAUGACACUGUACAGUACUUUGGUCAUCAUCAUCAUCACUGAGACACCCAGUGGGUUUAAAUUGUGUUGGUCUCUGAAAGUUCAGUCCUAGGUCUCAUUAUUAACUAUUAUUAUUAUUAUUAUUAUUUAUUUCUUAGCAGACGCCCUUAUCCAGGGCGACUUACAAUCUUAAGCAAAUGUAACAAUAUUAUUUAAAGCACCAGUACCCUUCAUAUUCAGUGAUUUAUUUUUCUUUAUAUAUUUCAGAAUAGUUUCAGAAUUCACAAAAAAAGGAUGCAUUCCCUUUUUUUUAUUCUGUGAACUGUUGAAAAUAAUACAUUACAGUGUAAAGGCUUAAAGUGCAGUGAGUUUCAAAGUGCAGAUGCACACUCAUGAGUUGUCUAGUAGGCCUAACUUCUAAAAUAAAUAUGCCAUUUUAAAGGAGGCAUGUGUAUAGUACAUUUUCCUAAAAUAAUGACAGAACAUACAGUACAGAACAUACUUUAUUUAAUAUAGGGUUAACGCAUUGUAACAUGAACCUGAUGCAGUACAACCUUCUGUGGAGGCAUGUAUAAUGCCUUUAACUGAAUGAUUUUCUAAAGUAAAAAUAAAAAAAAUAACAGAAGAAAAUGUAAAUUACACAAAAGUAAUAAUAGAUUGUAAAUAGUAGUACAGUAUCUGAAUAAGCUUAUUACUUUUUGGGGGACGGGGACGGGGGAGAGCUACAGUAUUGGGGUGUUUUUUUUUUUUUUUAUCAGGACAGCAUUCCCAGGUCAAUUUGAAAAAAGCUAAUUUCUGUAUGGAAACUUUACAGGAAAGCAUUUGCAUUUGUUUUAUGGUAACAUGGUAUUCAAUUAAUAAUUUGCACAGGUCACUUACAUUUAAGGUUGCCUGAAAUGACUCAAGGUUCUCCUCUAAAUUGAUUCCUAUAAACAUCGCCAAACUUCCUUAAACUGACUGAACUGCAUAACAUUUUAAAGUGGGGUUAUUGUUUUGAAUGUAUAAUCUUGUUGCCAUUGCUACAGUAGGGACUGCUCUCGUUGGUUUUUAAUAUUGCCAUUUACAUGCGUGUGUCUGAAGCAUUCUUAAGGAGGUUCUUGUAUCCAUUACGGGUGUUUAUGUUUUUAAUCAGUGUUAUCAGUGUUUGGAGAUACUUUCAGACAUCUCGUUACAUUAACUUACAUUUAUAUAUGUCUUGACUGAAUUGAUUGCAUUAGAUUGUAUACGUUUAGAAAAAUGUCCUAUGCUUUAAAAAGUGCUAGUAGAUAAGCCUGCUUGCAAAGACAUGUUGUCCAGGAGGAUGACCUUCAAUAAAUGUGACUUGUUAUUCUACAGAAACUCCAAUCUUUUAACUUGUCUGGAUUAAUUCUUCUGCUUGACUCAGUAACAUCCUUUUAUUCGACAAAGUAACAGGUUCAUGUUAUGUCAAUCUACCAAAUCUCAUCUUUGUCUAACAUAAACAAGUUUAAGAUAUGGCUGUAAUUGCUGUCUCUAUUUGGCUUGAGCUUGUGAGCUGCAGGCCUUGUUUUUGACCAUUGUAUUUCAUGAUCCAAGAAAAUCCUCCUCCAAUGACAGGAAAGGCAGCCACAUGGAUGGAAGCACUGAAAACCAGCUCAAUUGGAAAAUGAAUACAUAUGA